CUCGCAUGCUUCAAUUUCUUAGUCAAGGUUUGCAAGCAUAUAAAUACCUGCGCCUUCUGUCCUCCUUUUCUUUUCAGACUGGUCAAUUGAUUUUCACCCCUUCUCUGUUUCCUCUUUCCUUUGUCCCAGCCAACUCCGCAGUUGGAGGAGGGCUACAAUCAGCUUUCCCGCCUUCCAAGCUUGCUUCGGUAGGUUAAGAGCAUCAGAGAUCAUAGAAAGGGUUCAGAAUGUCGGCUUCUGCACUGUUGAAGAGUCGGGUGAGGAGACCGAGUUAUUUGAAGAAGCUUGCGAAGGCGGAGGAUCUGAUUGAUAUGUUUCCACAUGGUAGUUAUAUUGGUUGGAGUGGGUUUACGGGAGUUGGGUAUCCAAAAAUGAUACCAAACGCGCUAGCGGAUCAUGUCGAAAAGAACGGCUUGCAGGGACAGCUCAAAUACAAUCUCUUCGUUGGCGCGUCCUCGGGUGCUGAAACGGAGAACCGGUGGGCAAGGCUCAAUAUGAUUGAGCGGCGCUCUCCACAUCAAGUAGGCAAGGAGAUCGCAAAAGGUAUCAAUAAUGGACAGAUUAAGUUCUUUGAUAAACAUUUGAAAGUCAACACAGCCGCCCCAUCCUUCGAAGGCCUCCACGAUAUCACCAUGACGGAUCUGCCUCCUCGUCGAAAGCCUUAUCUGAUCAUGUCCCCCGAAGACCGUAUUGGCACGCCGCACAUUCCCGUAGACCCCGAAAAGGUCGUUGCAGUUGUGGAAUCGGACUAUCCAGAUCAGACCCAGCCCAACCACCCCGAAGACGAGACCUCGCGCGCCAUUGCAGCGAACUUGAUCGAAUUCCUCCACCACGAAGUCAAGCAUGGCCGACUCCCAAAGAACCUCCUCCCACUCCAAUCCGGCAUCGGCAACAUCGCCAACGCCGUAAUUGGAGGUCUCGCUUCAGGGGGCGCGGACUUCAAAAACCUGCGCGUCUGGACUGAAGUCUUGCAAGACUCCUUCCUCGACCUCUUCGACUCCGGAAACCUCGACUUCGCCACCGCAACGAGCAUCCGCUUCUCCCCCAACGGUUUCGAGCGCUUCUACCAAAACUGGGAUUCAUACGCCCCAAAACUCCUCCUACGUUCCCAGCAAGUCUCUAACUCUCCCGAGAUCAUUAGACGGCUGGGCGUCAUUGGCAUGAACACGCCCGUCGAAGUAGAUAUAUAUGCCCACGCCAACAGCACCUGUGUCAUGGGCUCCCGGAUGCUCAACGGCCUCGGCGGCUCCGCAGACUUCCUGCGCUCUGCAAAGUACUCCAUCAUGCACACGCCUAGCGCCCGACCCACGAAAACCGACCCUACAGGUGUAUCCUGCAUUGUCCCCAUGUGCACACACAUCGACCAAACUGAGCACGAUCUAGACGUGGUAGUCACCGAACAAGGGCUCGCGGACGUGCGCGGCCUCUCACCUCGCGAACGCGCGCGUGUGAUUAUCGAGAAAUGUGCGCAUCCGGAGUAUCGGCCGAUUCUGAAGGAUUAUUUUGAGAAGGCGGAGUUUGAGUGUUUGAGGAAGGGGUGGGGUCAUGAGCCGCAUUUGUUGUGGAAUACUUUUGAUAUGCAUCGACAUUUGAAUGAUUUCGGGACGAUGAAGUUGCCGAAGUGGGAUUUUAGGGGGUAUGAAUCGUGAAUAGAAGGUGAUGAGGGAGAGGGUGUUGCAAUGGAGGAUGGAUAGAGAAUAGGGAAUAGGGAGUAGGGAAAGGGGUUUUUUUUUUGAGAACUUGGUGUUUAGGUGUAGUUAGAUGAUCCGCUAGUCGGCUGAACUAGAACAUAUCUAUAUACCUGGAAUGAACACGCUCUGUUGAGUAACACAUUCUCGAACAGUUCACCUUACA